CGGCGACCUCAUUUGUAGCCGAAGAAACGCGUGACAUCGAUCCUCCUCCCGUAACCUUCGGAUAUUUCGUGACUCAAACGUUUUCGGCACUCGAAAAAGUGUUCCACUCGGGAUACAGAAAUGAUCUAUUCUUCAUCCAGCGGAAAAUUAUGCAGAAUCAUUGCAAGAACAAAACUAUACAGUGUGUUUCGAGAGAUUUCGAAGAAAGACGAUUCUGAAUAACGAAUUGGAAAAAAAUGAAUAAUCAUAGCGGCGACAAUAAAAAUCGAUGUGAAACUGUGAAGAUUUCGUUUCGACAUCGAAUAGAAUUUUGUGUAGAUAGCGUGGUGUUAUUCUACGAAAAGACGUGAAACACUACCGUACGAUUUUUGGGAAGGACGGUUAAUCAACAAACAUGAGACGUUUUCAUGGCGUAAACGGAAUCGUAGCGAUAAUUUAUUCCACAAUUCGAGUCUCAAUGUCAGUAGCCACAGUCGUUUAGGGAGAUAAAAAAUCGAAUUCCUUGUUCAUUGGCCACUUGCUGACUAGCAUCAGUUCUCUGCGACGGUGAAUCGCAGUGUGCCGCGAAGUGCGUCGCAUAAAAAAACAAUGCGAUUGAUCGCAGGGAGACUUCUGAUUCUUGGACGUGACACGGUCAACAGACGUCGAAGAACUCUCGUUGGAGGUUAUAUGAGAAGUGCAAUGUCGAGUGACGCAAACGAUGGGAACGAACCCUCGUCUGGUGACGUUGAGGAACGUGAGCAAAGGUUCGAGUUGUAUCCAGAGUUCGAUGAGUUACGGAAGCAAAUACUGGAGCUCAUAAUGCAGCCCGACAAAUUUCCAUUCAAACCGGAUACAGAUCGGCACGUGAUUCCUGACACUGCUGUUUGCCUGGACAAUUAUCACGUGGCUCUCUCGGACGUGCAAAUACUUUCGGGACUGAACUACGAAGUAGUGGAAGCAAAAAUUGGAGAUUUAAACGCAUUGUCAGCGGACGUUAAAUGCCACGUUAGGAUCCCAAGGAUCGACGGUUACUACGACAUCGUGCCCACAAAUCCUGAAGUUAAGCCCGUGCAUAUGAGGGGAGAGUUCAAAUUGAAUUAUGGAGGUGCCACGGCUUCAGGAAUUGUUUGUUUUGACACGAACCUAAUGACGUUAUCUGCGUUCAACGCGGCCGUCGAUUUUCAACAAGCAGAAGUGCCGAAAGUGAGGUUUUAUCCUGACGUGGAUGACGCGACAGUCGAUAAACUCGAAUCGAAUAAAACUGUAAGUGGAGAAAAAGUGGCGAAGCAAUUGUGGUCCAACGUAAGCCCGGUUCUCUACAGUAAGCUGUGUGACAGGUUGCGAAACUUCGGGGACUUGAUAAAUUGGGAAACGACUUUGAAGCAACUGAAUUUACUAUGCUACGAGAGAGCUUUACGAAUUAGAACGGGCAGUGUUUUGGACGAAAUUAUGACGAGGCUCCGAGUUAAAUUGGAAGCUGAAACGCAGGAUGGAGCCGUAACAAUGCCCGAUGCCGAAUUCACGGUCGCCCAUGAUACAAACGGGGAAGAAAAGUCCGGCAGGCUCAGGGCGAAAUUUGGUCGCUUAGGACCGCUCAUAAAAGUUGAACCAAUUGGUCGGGGUGCCAUCCCUCAUGCGAGGGGUCAAGAUGAGUUUGAAAUCGUCUCUAUGGUUCGCUUGACAGAUUUGGAGUUAACCUACGACGAAUAUUCGAUGGAAUCACCUGCUGGCAGCGUUACAGGAAAAAUCAAGCAGGACCUCAAGUGGAGUCAAUUAUUCGUGAGAAUAAAUAUCAACCGGAAUGAGGCUUCGAAGGAAAAGGGCAGAUUUCGCUUCUUGAGUAUUGACAAAGCUGAUGAAGAAAUCACGAACCUUGGUGAUUUCGAUUGGCUGGAACCUUGCAUCGGUGCUUGGGUCGAUGGACUGUUACGCUCCAAAGGAAUACCAAUGCUCGAAGAAACGUUGAAUAGAUGUUUGAACGAAGUCCUCGACGAAUUUGGCGACCCCUUCGCUUACUGGGACGCUGUAAUAGUCAGGGAGCCUACGUGGGAAGGAGGUGGUCCGGCCUAAGCUUGCGAAGAGUCAUCCCCGAAUGUCGAUUGAUCGCCCCAAAGGAGGUUACGUCAAAAAAGGGAAAAUCUGUCCAGCGGCCGAGUGCGACGUCACGGAUUGCGCUUCGUGUCAUCAAAACCGAAAAGCACAAUUCGCGUUCUUGUGCAAAUAAAUGAAAAAGUAAUCAAUAGUUGAAUAGAUUUCCCGCCCCAGGGAGCCUGGAAAAUGGAAAACCAAGUUUUCCCUCGACCGAAGUUCUGACAGAAAAGUUGCGAGAUUUAAAAUUCGCAUUAUUGAAACUGUAAGCAGAAAUUGAAUGAGCGAUCGAGAUCAAGGAAAUUUCACCUUC